CGUUCCCAGUCACGUCAGAUUGCUAGUUACUGAACGUAGUCUCUGCCCAAGGUUAGGUUCAUUCUAAAAAAAAAAAGACCUUGGAAACUCUUCGCGAGCGGCUAUUGCAGAUAUAAAAAAUAAAUAAAUAAAAAUCGAUACACCGCCUACGUGCAUGGCCAUCGGGUAUACUUGAUUCAAAUGUACUCGAGUACUGCUUUUAGAUGACAGGCUAAUAAAGAGAGGAGCUCGCAUUGUCAAUAACCCCAGUGUCUGUAUUCCGCAGUAAUACACGGGAACUCGUAACCGCGAGCAGGCUGGUGCGGCGCUGAAUGUGAUUCGCAUUGUGCGUGAGAUGCAGCGCGGUGUGGAGAACGCGCACCCUUCACUCCCGCGCUGACGACUGCGUGGCAGACAGACUGCAGAGGAGAGGCAACGCCGAGCGAUUCGCUCACUGUUGCCUCGAACAACCAGAACAACAAUAAAAGGUGUACAGCCGUUAACAAACCGAGUAUCCAUCGCCGUAGGUUUUAUUUGUGGAUGUGUAUGCAUGUGUUCUGCACCAGAUGGGAGAAAAAACCGUCCCAGAUCCACCGGGAGCAUAUUUCAAAUUAGCAAGACGCCUUACGGGGACCCAGAACGCAGGAAAAGCACCGAGAGCGCCCGAAAAGCCGUGCGCGCGGUGGAGGACUGCAGGAUGACGGUCCAGGAGUUCAACACACUUGUGGCGCUGUAUCGCGAAUUGGUCAUUUCCAUCGGAGAGAUAUCGAUCGACUGUCCCUCUCUGCGGGCGGAAAUGCACGAGACUAGAACCAAAGGCUGCGAGAUGGCUCGCACCGCACACCAACAUCUUUCUGUAAUUUACGGCCCAGAAGACGGGGAGAUCCCUCCAGAGAUAUGCAGGCUCUUCAUCCAGCUGCAGUGCUGCCUGGAGAUGUACAUCUCUGAGAUGCUCAAAUCCGUCUGCCUCCUGGGAUCCCUGCAGCUGCAAAGGAAAGGGAGGUCUGACACCGAGCCCAUUGUGGACUGCAGGAUAGAUGAGAGCUCGGAUGUACCCAUUCUAGAGGACAGAUGGUCGCCCCCUAUGGACUGCCUGCACUAUUCCUGGCUGAUGUACACAGACAUGGAGAGCACUGAGAGGGAUGUGCGGGAGAUGAAAAACUUGCUGAGCAAACUGCGAGAGACUCUGCCAUUACCCCUGAAGAACCAAGAUGACAGCAGCCUUCUGAACCUCACUCCCUACCCCGUGGCCAGACAGAGGAAGAGGUGUCUCUUUGGUUCCUGCUGUUUGGUUUCCAGCUGAGAGCAUGACCUCCAACCCUUGACCUCUGCCCCGGAUGCUGUAACUGAGUGUCUAUUUAAUGAGGUCUUUGAGCGCUUGUGUCUCUCUCAAAGCUUACUGCCAUUGGCCAGACAGCUCAUUCUUUUAAUGAAAAGGCUGCUCAUUUUAUAACUUUAUUUUCUGAUACAAAUAUAAUUCUUUUUUUUUUUUUAAACGGUAAUUAAAUAUGUAUAUAAUUACUAUAAUUUUGACUGAAGUAUUAUUUUGACUGAAGUAUAUUUUUUCUCAUUCAUUUUUGUACCGGAGGUAAUUUAAUGCUUGUUCAUUUGCCUCCACACAGUAAAAUGUCCAGUGUUCAUUUAACUCUUAACAGAUAACAUUUGGUCCCACAUUCCAGAGUGGAAGCAAAGGUUAUUUGUUAAGAGCCAAAUUAGCAAAGUUAGAGCUGAAUUAACACUGGACAUUAUUACUGAGCAGGAAAGACCGUUAUAUCACACAGAUUACAGAUCUCAUACCGAUGCCGCUUCUUCCUUAUGAACGUGAUAACGUGCUCGUUUUCUCAGUUGUAUCAUCUCUCUGAUUCUGAAUUUUGUGAUUUGCGUUUCCGUGCUCGAAGGCGUCCCCGCCGCACGCUGCAUACAUUGCGUUGAGAAUCCCUCGUGAUAACUCCUCAAGGCAUCAACAAACCGAAUGCAUCAACCAGACAGCUCAUGCUGUCAAAAUACCCGCGGAUCCCCCGUUUCUGAACGUUACUGAACACCCAAAAGGCUCUGAAAUGCUACAACUGGAGUUUCAGAUGAAAUAAAUGGCGUCAACCGUGCAUUUUUCUUUUCUAAAAGCACUGUUUUUGAACCAAAAUGAAACAUCGACUUCGGUUUAUUGACCCUAAGUUGUAGGUACAAACGUGAAUUUUCAAACAUGAAUUUUCAUCACUCUACAAUAUGCAUAUCCCCAGAGUUUUUCAUUGUGGAAGAACUGACCUUUUUUCCUUUGUUCAGAACAUUUUUCAUAUAAACUGGAAGUGGUUUAUUUUAUUUUAAUUUCAUUUUUUUCUUUGCAUGCUUUUUUGCCAGGAUAAAAUUAACUAAUCAAUAAUUCAUCUUAAUAUGCAUAUUCUAGUUUGAUUGGUUUUAAUUAGCGUAUUUUCUUGCAUAUGCUGUUGGGGAACAAGUUUGGUGGUCUAUUUUAGAUCAGAAACAUUGAAUAAUUAAAUACUGCAGUGUGUUUGAGGUGUGACCACACGUUCAGUUUUUUUUAUACAUAAUCCCAUUUUGCAGUAUGUUACAACAUUGCUUGAUUUAUAUUUAUAUUUAUAGAUUUAUAUUACUUUCUUAUAAGUCUUUGUUCUCAUAUACAUCUACAGAGAUCCCAGAACUCUGCUUUUGUGUGGUGUCUAUAUAACCCUCUGGAGGAGUCAGUUGGCAAUAAAGAAAGGUUCAGGUAAUGAGCAGAAGAUUAAAACUCAUUCGCAUUUUUUAUUAAAUUACCUGUUAGAUGGUAAGCAGAAUUUAAAGUGAGAAAUAUGCUUAUGACUGCUUAUGGUGAUAUUCAAAUUAUUAUACAUUUUUACUGCUCUGCGGGUGAAGUUUCACUGGUGUUUUAAAACACCCCUGAAAUUUUUUCCAUCAAGGGAGUAGAUGUUUUUGAAAUAUUCUGAACUCGAUGUGUCUGCGACUCUAAACUUGUGGCAGCUUAAUUAGUCCAGUUUAGGGGUUUACAAAACUCUGUUUCAAUUAUGCGAAUGCAACGCCCUUGAAUCUUUUCUGUUUUUAAUUAAUUACAGUUUAUUUGUUUUUGCAAGUUUCAUUAUAUUAUUAUUUGAAUCCAAAUCAUUCUUAUCAUUUAUUAUUCCACGUGCCUAAAAUGUGUAUCUGGUUUGCCUUUCAACAGCAAAUAAAAAUCUCUCAAUGAAGCCAUUACUCAUUAAAUAUGCCAAAAUAAAAAUGUUUCACUUGUCUAA